AAGAAGUUUUCUUUGUUUCUUUGUUUUGUUUGUUGUUUUUUAAAUGGCAUAACUCAUUAUAGUCACCUCUGGGUAAGAGAAAGAAAAAAAGAAGGUUCUCUGAAUAUUUAAAUUGUUUCUUUCCCUCCUUCCUCCCACCUACCCAUCACUUUAUCUAGUUAUUUGUACAUAUCUUUUUAGUUUGUUUAUUGUUUUUCUGUUUUUCUUUGACUCUACUGUGUAUCCCUGAGCAGCCUGGAACUCACUAUAUGCCCCAGACUGGCCUCAAACUCACAGAGAUCCCUCUGCCUCCCAGUGAUGGGAGUAAAGGCAUGCACCACUAUGUCCAUCUCCUGCUUAACUUUUCUAAUGACAUCACUAGUUGAGAUGAGAUAAAAUAAGAUCUCUCAGUUUUUGAAUUAGAAGGCGACAUAGGCAUAACUUAAGAAAAGACGGUACUAGGCAGAGGUAGAUAGCUGUUAGUAUACCAAGGUUCAUUUGUGUUCAAUAAUAAUUUUCCCUUUACAUCUCUCCUGACAGUUGAUACUAGCAGUUCCUAUUCUUCUUGGCUUCUGAACUCAGCUGGAAACUCCAAUUCCUGUCCUCUUAUAUAUCAUCCUGAGCUGAGCCUUCUGUCACCCAAAGAGCUCCAAUCUGAUCUUCCAUUCAGGUCUCCAUCUUUCCCAAGGGAAGCAUCCUCUAGUCCUUAAUGUCAGUUCAUGCUUGAUGGUGUUCUAUGCCUCUGGCUCCAUGUGUGGCCUGUAAAUCAGGUGAAUUGAUUUGAGGGAAAUCCUGGUUAUUUUGAAGAUGUUGCAGCUCAGUAUUGUUUUGUGUUUAAGUCACAAAUAACUUCACAAGUUUUCAGAACAAAAGAAACUGAUUUUUUUUAAAUCAUGCCAUUUGAACAGACACAGCUAUUUUGUGAUGAAAAACAAACUGUUUUGGAAAAAAUUGAUACAACAAAUGAGAUAGCAGAUACCAUCGAAUCAAUACCUACACCAAAAAUUUCAGAAACUAAUUUUCAUUACAAGCUAAAAAAUGUGAACAUCAGUUUGCCCAAGAUAAAUAUUCCAAAUGAAAUCUUAAUGAAACAUGAAGUUGAAAAGUACAGAAUAUUAUUUCAGAGUAAACCACAGACUGCACGGAAAUCUAUCAGUGUGAAAACUGUAAGCUGUGCUGAGGAGUGUGUACUGCUUUGUAAAUCUGAACGAGCUGAAGAAGAGAGUGUAAACAUGUCUGCAAAAAUACUCAACUUCAGUUGUUUAAAAUGCCAAGACAGUGCUCAGUAUAGUCCGAACGAUUUGCAGAAACACUUUGAAAUGUGGCAUCAUGGUGAGUUACCUUCGUUUCCUUGUGAAAUGUGUAGUUUUUCAGCAAAUGACUUCCAGAUAUUUAAGCAACACCGAAAAACCCAUAGGAACACUUUUGUAAAAUGUGACAUUUGUAAUAGUGAGCGUUCAUAUACUUUAUUGGACUUGACAAAACACUUCACAUCUAAACAUUGUGUUAAUGGUAAUUUUCAGUGUGAGGAGUGUAGAUUCUUCACCCAGGACGUCGGCACAUUUGUUCAGCACAUUCACAGACAUAAAGAAAUGCAUUAUAAAUGUGGGAAAUGCCGUCACCUCUGCUUUACCAAGGGAGAGCUUCAGAAGCACCUUCGUGUCCACUCUGGUUCUCUUCCCUUCACUUGUCACUACUGUAGCUAUGGUGCCGUUCAUAAAGACCAACUCGUCAGACAUGUUAUAACUUUGCAUAAAGAACACUUAUAUGCAAAAGAAAAACUGGAGAAAGACUCGUAUGAUAAAAGAGUGGCAACGACUACAACAGGCCUUAAACUAAUACUCAAAAGAUACAAAAUAGGUCCAACAAAGACAUUUUGGAAACGUAAAACAGUUACCAGUGGGAAUGAUGAAAGUAUAGGAAAAAAUGCUCAAGCGUUUAAUGCAGUGAACAAAACACAGACUAAAGGUGAAGACCAGAGUCAAGAGCGGUUAACUGAAGAAAGGGGUGAAAGACUGCACUGUGAGAAUGGUGACAAACCCACAGACUCUGAAAAGUCACCUCCGCUGUCCACUGGGCAGCAGAAGAAAGCUGACGAGGGAGCAAAUGCUACUUCAAGUUUCUUGAAGAGUGGUCUACAGGGGCCUUCAGUGUUACUGGUGAGAAAUAAUAAGAUAACAAUUCCUGCUAAUUACAGUGCUAAGUUUAUGGGCUUCAAGUUGGUAGACGGGAGACAGCAUAUUGUAAUAAAAUUGUUGCCUAUCAAUAAACAGAAUCCACCUGCACCAGCCUUACAACCAGACACAGAAAAGGAUAGUACAGCUAAUUUGCCCCCCCAGGCUUCGGACAACACUGGAUUUGCAACUGGAGUAACUACUGAGGUGACUGACACAGAUUUUGUGAAAGCAGCUCCACUUUCACAUUCGUCUCCUGUGCUUUCCAGGAAAGAAAUUUCUGAAAAAGAAAUCGCUUUCAUAUCUGAAAAGAACGAUAUACUUGAGACGGUAGAUAACAGUAAAAGUUUAUCUUCUUUGCCAACAACAUCAGAAUCAGUUACUGCAUCAGUGAGUUUAACCACAAAAGUUGAAUCAAGAGAUAAUGUUGACUUGUGGGAAAAUCAUACCACUCAGAGUCAUCCAGAUGCAUUAGAUACCACCACCAUUAAAAGUCCAGAUAAAGUCAACCUUACCACUAAGCCAAAUGCAUACAGUUGUGGAGAUAUGCAUAACUAUUGCAUUAAUUAUGUCAGCUCUGAGUUACCUGAUGAAUCAUCCAGCUAUUUUGAGUUCUCCAACCAAGGAUCUUUACCUUUUCAUAAUUACUCAAAGGUGGAUAAUAAGCGUCGUAGGUUUUCAAGAACAGCAGUGUUUGAAAACCUUCAGAGGGACCCUUCGAACAGAACAGUUACUCAGGAAUCAACUAGUGAUAGUGAUACACUUUCACCACUACCAAAAAGUGAGAGCUCCAACUCAGAUAGCCCGUUAGCAUCUGUCAGUCCAUUAAAUGGUAAAGAUGGAACUUUCAAGACGAAAGCUGAAAUUGAAGAACCAUGUGAGUUAGAAGAAAGACAAAACUUUGAAAAACAAAGCCUCUUCACUAAUGAAAACCAAAAUUUAUUAAGUGUGACUGAAGAAACUAAAUGGAAUGACAUUCCCAGUGCUGGCUCCCCCUUGAUGCCUAGAAUCACAUCUGUUUUCUCUCUCCAGAGCCAGCAGGCUUCAGAAUUUUUGCCACCAGAAGUAAACCAGUUACUCCAAGAUAUAUUAAAACCAAAAUCUGAUACAAAGGAAAACUCUAAUAACAUUCCCAGUAAAAACCUUCCACUCGAUUGUGACCAAACAUUUAAAAAGGUUGAGGAAGAAGAAAUGAUAGUAGAAUCUUCAAAAGACUUGCAAGUGCAAGACAUCUUCCCAGUUCCGUCUCCCAGUGUAGGUGUUAGUAUGCCUACAAAUGAACCGAAUUUAAAAUGUAAUGGGCAAGAAAAACAAGUGGUGUCAGUAUUACAAGAUGUGAGAGAUUCUGAGGUGACCACUAAAAUUCCAAGUAUGGUCACAUUACUUAAGACUCAGUCAGAUGCAAUAAUAACACAGCAGCUUGUAAAAGACAAACUCCGAACCAGCACACAAAAUUCAGGUCCUGUAUAUAUUCAGAAUCCAUUUCUAACCUCGGAACAGAAAAGUCCUGUGUUUUUUCAAACUCCAAAAGGUUUUAUUAUACCACUGCAUGUUGCUAACAAACCUGGAUUCCAUGUCUUUUCUGGAAGACCACUUCCUUUGGUUAACACACAGAGUGUACCUGCUUCUCUCCUUGUAAACAAGAAACCUGGAAUGCUUUUAACACUUAAUAAUGGGAAACCCGAAGGUGUUCCCACUGUCAAAACUGAGAAUGUUCAAAGUUACGGAACUAUAGCUACAGAACCUUGCAAAAUGCCUCUUCUGAAAGUAGAACAAAACAAUAACUGUCUUACACCUAUACUUUGUUCCAGUGUUGGCAGUUGUACGAACAUGAAAAGUUGCCCAGAGAAUACAUGGCCCUUGAAGGGUCCUUACAUUAUUAAAACAUCAGUAGGUUCUUCAGUGAGAGCUGUUCAUUUUCCUAACAUUCUACCUGAGCAGCAGGGCCCUAAGUUGAAUAUCUUGAAUACAGGAAAGCAACAGAAUGAAAACUUGCCCAAAGCGUCUCUGUAUACCCUCAUGCCUGAUGGUAAACAAGCUGUGUUUUUUAAGUGUAUGAUGCCAAAUAACACUGAACCUCUUAAGCGUAAGUUAAUCAGAAAUGGUCCUUACCAACGUAUUCAGCCAAAGAGACCUGAAGGAGCACCACAGAAAAUACUGGUAAAAAUUUUUAAUCCUGUUUUAAAUGUGAGUGCUGCUAAUAAUCUUUCAGUUAGCAACUCUGCAUCUUCAUUCCAGAAAGAGAAUGUACCAUCUAAACUAGCAGGUCUUGGAGAGCAGAAAGAGCCAGAAUCUUCUAGAGAUGCCUUACCAGUCUCAGAUGGUUUGAUGCCAGCAAAUGAAAUUGUCCUUCCUUCUACUGCAACAUGCCCAGAGUCUUCUGAGGAACCAGUAUGUAUCAGUGAGCAUUCAGAGACAAGAGUAUUAAGGUGUAAAGCGAAUUGUACAGUUGAGACAAAUUUCAGUAAAAGAAAGACUUGUAAAAAUAAGUUUGCAAAAAUUAAGACUCGUAUAAGUCAAGAUUCUGAAACCACUAUUGUAUCUAGAAACAGAAGCUGUAAACGAAAGUACAUUGAUAAUUACCAAGAACCUCCAAGAAAAAAGUCAACAUUGCAUAGAAAGUGUAGAGAAAAGGCUAAUGCUGAAGAUGUCCAGGAAACGUAUGGAUUGAGCAGACCCAGGCUUUCAAAGGAUUCAGGUAGAACUUUGAGACUUUUCCCUUUUAAUUCCAAACAGCUGGUGAAAUGUCCUCGGAGAAACCAACCAGUUGUGGUUUUGAACCAUCCUGAUGCAGAUGCCCCAGAAGUAGAACGUGUAAUGAAAACUAUUGCGAAGUUUAAUGGACGUGUACUGAAGGUUUCAUUGUCGCAAACAACUAUUAAUGCUUUACUGAAACCAGUUUAUUUUAACACUUCUGAAACAAUUGACAAUGACUUUUCCAAGAGACACAAAAUGCUUAAGCCUGUUAAUUCUGUGAAGGAAAGAUUUGUGCUAAAACUAACACUCAAAAAGACAAGCAAAAAUAAUUACCAGAUUGUAAAAACUACCUCUGAAGAUGUCUUGAAAGCUAAGUUUAACUGCUGGUUCUGUGGUAGAGUUUUUGACAAUCAGGAUGUGUGGGCUGGCCAUGGGCAGAGGCAUUUAGUGGAAGCUACUCGGGAUUGGAAUAUGUUAGAAUAACUUACUGUGAUUGCCAAGGAAAGAUACUUAAAAAGAAAAGAAAAUGGGCUAAGUUACCAUAAAUUAGGCAUUUUCUACAUCAAUAUAGUUUUUGAACAUUUUAAGAGUUGAUUAUUUUCUGUGGAAGAACAAAAGCUUUAUGUGUGGUACUUGAAAAUGCUACAGUUACACGUGUUUUGAAAGAAAGUAAUUAGCACAGACCUUGAUUUAGUUGUCUAAAGAUGAAUCUGUGGGAAGGUAGGGCUAAGGAAAGUUUUGAUAAGAGUUUUCCCAAUUGGGUUCAGAGACUGAAUAGAGGGUAAUGGUGGAUAGCCCGAUUCCCUAUCUUCUCCCACCAGCCUUAUAGAUCUGACAGAUGAGUUUCUCUGGAGAUGUAGAACCCUUUCAUACAUGAGUUUCUUGCUACUUGUGAAGAUAGACUGAACUUGGAAAAAGUUAUUUUCUAUUAUGUUACAGUUCAUUUGAAUGGUAUUACAUUCCUUUGAAACUACAUCUUACUGGACUGUAGUUAAACAUGAAAUAAUGCUUGAAGAGUUUUGGGCAAGUAAAUCCUGUUGCUCUGCCCUGUGUCAGAUUGGAAUACCCUCCCAGAAUGAUUCUCUUUUUUCUGUGACUCUCUCAACCAUUGCAGUAAAUGGGGCAGUCUCCAGAGGAGGGAGAAACUUUCUCUAAAAUCCAUUUGAAAGUCAACAUUUUCCUGAGUUUGGUUCUGUUCUCCAGUGAUCCCCUUGUACAGAACUGUGCUUAUCUGAUUAGCAAUGCCCAUAACCAAAUGGCUUUUCUUCCUUGAUUGGCAUCCCUUCAAAAUGAACAGAAAGAACAUAGAAACACUUCAAAGGGAAUGGCUUUUCUUGAAAAUUCAAAAAGUUUAUUUUUACAAAGAUAAUAUUUUGAAGCAAGGUUAGCAAAGCAGAUCAUAUUUUUGCUUGUGUUUAGUUACUGUUCUUACCUAAACACUUCUACAUUAGGUCAGACCAUUUUCAUUAGUAACUUUUCAGGAUGACCAAUAAGACCCAAAAUCGUAUUAAUAGCUGGCAUUUGAAAAUAGAGAAGCAAGCAUUAAUGCUGGACUCAGAGCAAUUCAUAAAACUUUAAGAAAAAUUCCUAAGAGACAUGCCCAACACUUUCAAAACAGACAUUUUCCUAAUAAUCCAUUGAUUUUAACUUUACCAAACACAUUUGUAUCAAUUUUUUUUUCCCCAUUGGAUAAUGGAGUUCUAUUAACAAAUGAUGUACAGUGUAAUUUUUUGUUGUUACUAUACAUAUUAUGACAUUUUCAUUGAUUGGAUCAAAACUUCAGGGCUUCUUUUUUGUAUAUAACAAAAAUGUACAUAUUUUUGUACUUGAUUAUGUAAAUUUGCACAGAAAGUUUAUGACACAAAAUUAUUUUCUUUCAGUUCUGUGCAUGCAUUAAUAAAAGUGGGUGAUUUAAAAAGAAGACUGUACCCAUGUUAUUUUCUUGUUUUUUUAUUUCUGACUUUUUUUUUUAUUUGGGGGACAUACAUUUUAUUUUUUUCAGGGAUUAAACACUAUUGUUAGCAAGUGCCUAAAAAUGAUGUAAACAGUUUACAUAUGUCAACUGUAACAGUAGGUCCUAAGUGGGCCCAUUCCCAUGAUAGUUUUGAUUUAAACAAAGCCAUAAAUAGAUGCUUCAAGCUAUAUUGCUAUGCACAUUAUACUUGUACUGUUUUUGUGCAGUUUAUCUACUUUCUUAGUGAAGUAUUUUUUGUAUAAAACCUGUUACAAUUGUGUUUCUUGAAUUGAGCCUGGGUGGAGUUGAUUGGAAAUGCACAGUAUAUAUUAAUAAUGUACAGAUGUUUAAAGAAUGGUAAGGAUUGUUAAUUUCCUUGUUUGUUGUUAAUGAAGGUUUUCAAUUAAACUUAAGCUUGUGUUUA